AAUAAAUGCAUCCCCAACAGCCUAGUCAAAGAAGAGAAAGUUAUUGAAAACUCAGGCCAAAGCCCUAAUUUUUCUUCACUUCCCCAAAUCUGUCAGAGACAAUUUGCGCAACUUUCACCGGAGAUUUCACCGGCGUCGGAUCUUACCCUAUCCGGUCACCAUAGUUUCUCCUCACUCUCUCCUUCAUCUUCCUUUUGAAAGAAGAAAAUCAAGAGCCACAAACAAACCCACUUCACCGCCACCACAAUUCCCCCAUCUCCGGCACCGUCACCGUCACCGCUCAACCUCCAGCAACCACCACCAUCCGGAAUCCACCGUCGUCGGUCUGGAACAAGGUUCCUUCAGAGAGAGAGAGAGAGAGAGAGAGAGGGAGAGGCUCAAAAACCUCGCCACACCAGGCGAGGUACUGUAGCGGAAGAUAAACUGGCGACCUCCUCAUUGAGGCUGCUGGGUCUGUGUUUUCCGGCAAUUUCUCGCCACUUUGUCCGAGGAUGAGCUUUGGUGAGGCUCCUGGAGAUGCUCUUAAACAAACGUCGACCAGUAAUUUUCCGACCCUAACAAAAUACUAGUCCAUUGGAGCACUCGAAACAAGGCAUCCAUAUCCUUCCUCCAUGGAUAGUAGAUCAUAAAAAGUACUUGCUGAAAACAGCAAACAUCAAUAGGAAAAACAUGACUCUGCUUCCACAGUGUCUGAGUCGCCGAAUCCUCACUACUCCUUUGUCCUCAACUCCACCUCCCCAUUACAACACAACAAUCAGAACAGCAACAAGGAGGACGAUGAUACCCAUAUCAAUCUGUUCACGCUUCCACCAUAUUCCUCCUCCAGCCCAUCACUUCCUAGUUUUCAACUCUUCUGCAAAACCGACCUCCGAUUGCUCCCCGUUCUCGCUCUGCAUUUCUGGGUGUCGCUCAAUUUCUAAAGCCACGGCGGCACCACCAGUUAAUCAUGGGUAUGAUGAAGAGAAAGAGACAAGUGAUUCUAGCAAAUUGAGGAUUUUGAAGCAAAAGGUUGAGGGUCUUGAAAUUAACUGCGAUUCUUAUGAACCUGGACAAUACGAGGUCUUGGUUUGUCCCAAGUGCAAAGGUGGGCAAUCAUUGGACAGGGGUCUAUCAUUUCAUAUAUCUGAAAAUGGAGAUUUUGCAACGUGGAAGUGUUCCUUUGUUGAAUGUGGCUGGGCAGGCCAGUGGUGCCAGGUCCUUGCAGAGGAUAUUGCAUCAUGUAAUAGAGUCAAAGUCAAUUGCACUGGAUUAAUGACAAUGGAGAGCCUGAGGCUAGUACCAGUAGGUGAAAAGCUAAUUUCAUAUUUCGCCGAGAGGAAGAUUUCAGAGGAUGUUUUGCAAAGGAAUGCUGUUAUGCAGAUUUCUGGUAAUCAGAAUGCUAUUGCUUUUACCUACAGACGCAAUGAAGUUCUUGUGACUUGCAAAUACAGAAGCCUGGACAAAAAGUUUUGGCAGGAGAAGUGUAAAGAGAGGAUAUUUUAUGGACUGGAUGACAUAAAGGGAGCAGAUGAAAUUAUCAUUGUUGAAGGUGAAAUAGAUAAACUAUCAAUGGAAGAAUCUGGCUUCCUUAAUUGUGUUAGUGUUCCUGAUGGUGCACCGGUGAAGGUGUCUGCUAAAUUGCCAUUGUUAGAAAAGGAUUCUAGGUUUCAGUAUCUGUGGAACUGCAAAGAGCACUUGGACAAGGCAUCUCGAAUUAUCCUGGCAACUGAUGGGGACCCACCUGGCAAUGCCUUGGCUGAAGAGCUUGCGCACCGUCUUGGAAGGGAAAGAUGCUGGCGGGUACGUUGGCCGAAGAAAGGUGGAUUCAGUUGUUACAAAGAUGCAAAUGAGGUUCUCAUGAACUUGGGAUCCGCUGCUUUGAGGGACGUAGUUCAUAGUGCGGAGUUAUAUUCGAUGCAUAAUUAGACCACCCGACAUGAGGUAUAUAUUAGAAUUGUGUUUUGUGCAAUAUAAUCAAGGAUUUCAUCCGUAGUCGAAUGUAGGGUCAUUUUGCACCAAUAUUAUAUAAGUGUAAACUGUGGAUAGCUACAGCUAUUUGGAAGCCACGGUUGUGGUCAACAUCGGGUAAUUAAACCUGUUACCAAUGAGAAGUGAACGUGAAAACUCCAAGUUUACUGCUAGUUCCAGUAGUACCGCAAACCACCGGGCUGCCCGGGUGGGUUAUAUUAGAUUAAGCCUUUCUGCACUCAAGCUGUAUAGAAUCUAUGAGAGGGUACUGACAGAGAGUUUCACUCAUUAUUGGAUUAUUAUUUGCAAAA